GCCACAGUUCCGAGCUGAGUGAUGGAGCCCAGGUGACGGCACCAGGCUGACAGCAACAUACGCGGUACCUAGGUACCUGAACUUUGAGCUUCCAUCUGUCGCCGCCUUCCAGAUCAUCACUUCCAUUUACUCUUGCUUCCCGCCAUCACCUUUACUCUACCAUUUUGAUCCCGAAAGCCCUAUCUCACUUUCAGGACUUCCGAGCCCUCCUUCAGCCGCAACCAUGCCUUCUGCCACCGGUCAAGACUGGGAGAAGUAUAACAAAAAGUUCGCCGAUGAUGAGGUUGAGGAGAAGAAGAUCACGCCUUUGUCAGAUGAGGAUAUCCAGGUACUGAAGACUUACGGCGCUGCGCCAUACGGAGCAGCGAUCAAGAAGCUCGAGCAGCAGAUCAAGGAGAAGCAACAAAGUGUCGACGAGAAGAUCGGCGUCAAGGAAUCAGACACUGGGCUCGCCCCUCCCCAUCUAUGGGAUGUUGCCGCCGACAAACAACGCAUGCAAGAAGAACAGCCCUUGCAGGUGGCCCGCUGCACGAAGAUUAUCCCCGACGAGAAGGACGAUGCGAAGAGCAAAUAUGUUAUCAACGUCAAGCAAAUCGCAAAGUUCGUCGUGCAACUCGGAGAGCGUGUCAGCCCGACAGAUAUCGAGGAGGGCAUGCGUGUCGGUGUCGACCGGAACAAGUACCAGAUAUUACUCCCUCUUCCUCCCAAGAUCGAUGCCAGCGUCACCAUGAUGACGGUCGAGGAGAAACCUGAUGUCACAUACGGAGACGUCGGUGGCUGCAAAGAGCAGGUGGAGAAGCUACGUGAGGUCGUCGAGAUGCCGCUCCUAUCUCCCGAGCGGUUCGUCAACCUGGGAAUCGAUCCUCCAAAGGGCGCUCUGCUCUACGGCCCCCCAGGAACCGGAAAGACGCUCUGCGCAAGGGCGGUUGCGAACAGGACAGAUGCGACUUUCAUCAGGGUUAUUGGGAGUGAACUGGUUCAGAAGUAUGUGGGUGAAGGCGCGAGGAUGGUCCGAGAACUGUUCGAGAUGGCCAGGACAAAGAAGGCCUGUAUCAUCUUCUUCGACGAGAUCGACGCCAUCGGUGGAGCCCGGUUCGACGAUGGUGCCGGAGGCGACAACGAGGUGCAGAGAACCAUGCUGGAGCUCAUCACCCAGCUCGACGGCUUCGACGCCCGUGGCAACAUCAAAGUAAUGUUUGCCACCAACAGGCCAUCCACGCUCGAUCCUGCCCUCAUGAGGCCCGGUCGUAUCGACCGGAAGAUCGAGUUCUCUCUCCCAGACCUCGAGGGGCGAGCCAACAUCUUGCGAAUCCACGCCAAGAGCAUGUCCGUCGAGCGCGAUAUCCGGUGGGAGCUCAUCUCACGCCUCUGCCCCAACGCAACCGGUGCCGAGCUGCGCAGCGUGUGCACAGAAGCCGGCAUGUUCGCCAUCCGGGCACGACGAAAGGUGGCUUCGGAGAAGGAUUUCCUCAGCGCCGUGGACAAGGUCAUCAAGGGCAACUUGAAGUUCAACUCCACUGCAGCCUACGCGCAGUACAACUAAACUAGGAUGGUCGAACACGGUUAAAGCUGUGUGUGUAUUCUACAUGAUAGAUUGCUUUCGCAUGGAAUCUGGUUUCUAGGCCGCCACAAACACAAGCCGGAGUUUGCGGGAGCUUGUACCCUAUAUCUAAUAACGAUGGCUGCUCAGCGCUGGUUAGAGAUUGCCACCAGGUG